CUUGUUGUUGACUUGGUUUGUUGACUUGGUUGGUUUGCGGAUCCUUUCGCAGUGUGCUCUGGAGCUGGCAUCAGUUUUCCGGAGCUUCUUUGUUGUGGGUCUCGGCAGUUUUAGAUUUUACUUUGAAGGUCGUCGUCGUCGUCGUCGUCGACAGAUUUGCAGUUUCAGAGCAUUUUAUAUUGGUCGAGGGGUUGUUGGAAUGUUGGGUUACGGUUCUAUUUUUGGGUUGCAGCUGGGGAUUGGAUUUUCGCGUGUGGGAUUGAUGUCUUAAGGUCGGUAUAUCUUGCGGAUAUUGUAAGAGGGGCUCUGCUUGUGCACAAGUCGCUUGUCUGUGCUGGUGCAGCGUUUGUUGGGCACGAUGCAGGAAUUUGUUAUAGACGUUGCUAAAGCAGGAAAGCUGCGGCACGCGUCGCGGUUAGGAGUAGAACCAUUCCUUGCUAGCCUCGCGAAGCCGACUGCAGAUUUGGCCCGCGCACCGAUUUCUAAAUUUCAAGUUGGAGCUGUGGGUCUCGGGGUUAGCGGUCGCAUCUUUUUGGGCGUGAACUUGGAGUUUCCGAAGCUUCCUUUGAACCAUUCUGUGCACGCCGAGCAGUUUCUCGUCGCAAAUGCACUGCAACAUGGCGAGAAAAGGCUCGUGUUCAUCGCUGUCUCCGCUGCCCCGUGUGGGCAUUGCAGGCAAUUUCUUCAGGAGUUAAGAGAUGCAGGGGAUAUCCGAUUGUUGAUCACAGAUGGAAAGGAUCCCCAAGUGCGUCCACUUUCGUACUUCCUCCCACACAGAUUUGGUCCAGACGAUUUAAUGUCCAGAAACUUCCCCCUCCUCCUUGAGUCGAGAAGUAAUGAUCUUAUCUUAGUAAAUUCUGCAAUGAGUGAAAUUAAUUUUGACAUUUCCCGCGAGGAAACCAACGAAGAUUUGGCAGAGAAGGACUCCAAGAAGCGUGACUUGUUAAAAGAGGCUAGUUUUGGUGCGUGGUUGCGCGAUAACAAGCACUCACUUGUAGAUCUUAAACUUGCGGCAUUCGCUGCGGCCAAUGCCUCGUACGCGCCUUACAGCAGGUGUCCCUCCGGAGCGUCUCUUGUAACGAGGAAAGGCCAAGUCUACAGCGGCUCCUAUAUUGAAUCAGCUGCUUAUAACCCAGGACUCCCUGCUCUACAGGCAGCAAUUGUAGCAUUCAUUUGUGGAGGAGGCGGAGCUUACGACGAAAUCGAUACCGUCAUUAUCGUGGAGAGAAAAGGCGCACUUGUGCGACACGCACCUACAGCCCGUCUCGCCCUCCAGAGCAUCGCCCCGCAGGCAGCCUUCCAUCACUUCGAAGUUGAUGUACAAAGUAGAGAGUAAUGAUCUUUGUAGUGGCUCUGGAACUCGUCCUUGAUCCCUCCUUCCAGCUCUUCGAGAAUUCGUUCGCAUUGAAUAAUUCAUUUGCUGCCUCCCUGAUUCUUCCUACUCAAAUGUGAAAGCAUCGUCAUAUUUAGUCCUCUGGCCCUUCUUCAUAUAAAUAGCUUAAGUAGAUUCCAGUUCACUAAACACGUGAAUGAUAGCUUAUUUGAAAACCAGUUUGAAGAACUUACAUUUUCGAUUCAUAGAUGCUGCAAUUGAACUUCAGCAUGCCGAAGCUGUUUUACAGUUUUUAGUGACAGGAAUAGCAGAAUGCAUCCACUGGGCUUUUCAAGUGCUGUGACAAGAAUUUUGUACAAGCAAUAAAUGUUUUCCAAGGGCAGACCUUGUAGCUCCGUGCUACAUCCAUAAGAAAAAGCUCUCAAUUCAUCACAA